AUGAAGGAGGAUUACUAUGUCGACGAUAUGCUGAGUGGAGCCGAUAACCUUGAAGCCGCUACGCAGCUAACCAGCGAAAUGCUCGAGCUUGCUUCCUCCGGUGGUUUCACUUUGCGGAAAUGGAACUCCAAUUCCAGCGCACUCCUGGAUCAGUUACCAGAGAAUCUCGUCGACCGCCGGCCGGAGCUUGAGCUGGAUACUGCAAACACUCCAGUGAAGACACUCGGGUUGCUCUGGGACACCACUUCAGACAGUUUUCUCUUCCGUUCACCUGUGUGGAACUCAGCAGCACCCAUCACCAAGCGAAGUGUGCUUGCGGACACAGCACGUUUAUUCGAUCCCAUCGGCCUGGUGGGGCCUGUCAUCGUCGCAGCGAAGAUAUUCGUUCAAGACCUGUGGAAGCAGAAGUGCGACUGGGACGAACCGUUACCCGAAGCAUUCCUGUAUUUUUGGACCGAGUAUAGGAGAAAUCUCUCCGCCCUUUCGUCGUUAUCGAUUCCUCGGUGGGUGGCGUUCAGUACGGAUCUGGCUUCCGUUCAGGUUCAUGGCUUCUGCGAUGCUUCCAACAAGGCAUAUGGAGCAUGCCUCUACCUCCGCAGUACUACCUUCGGCGGUUCCGUAGUAGUGCGCCUCAUCACAACCAAGUCCAAGGUCGCACCACUUGAAGAUCUGAAGCGGAAGAAAAGGGUUCAGACCACUCCCCGGCUAAAACUCUCCGGAGCAUUGCUACUCAGUCACCUAUACGAAAAGUUCGUCGCCAGCACAGCAAUUCAGCACACCGCCUGCUUUUGGGCCGAUUCGACGAUCGCGAUGUACUGGCUCUCGUCGCUGCCGUCACGGUGGCAAAUGUUUGUAGCAAAUCGUGUGUCGGAAAUCCAACACGCCACGAAAGGAUGCCCGUGGAACCACGUAGCCGGUGAAGAAAACCCCGCCGAUAUCAUCUCUCGGGGAAUGACACCAGCUCAGCUGCAGUACGAAAGGCUGUGGUUCGAGGGACCGCUGUGGCAUCGUCAGGACGCGAGCAUCUGGCCGUCCAAGGCUCCAGAAGAGGAAAUCGAUCCUGCCAUACUGGAAAAGAAGAAGGUCGUUGCGCUCCCAGUGACGGCUGAGUCCGUUAGCGAAAUAUUCAGUCUCCGUUCAUCGCUGUUCAGUUUAAUCAGGUUGGUCGCUGGCAUCCGCCGGUUCGUGCACAACACACAGCACAGACAGGACAGACGCACAGGGUUUCUGACGGUCCCCGAACACGAGCAGGCCUUGACAUUUCUGGUUCAGCUGGCGCAACAAGAAGCCUUUCCAGCUGAGAUAGCAGCGUUAAAAAAGAACAAUCCAGUCAGUCCAUCAUCUUCGAUAAGCAGAUUGAAUCCAGUCCUCGUCAGUGGAAUCUUCUGUGUGGGAGGCCGACUAGCCAAGGCGCCAGUGUCAGCGAGUCGGAAACAUCCGAUGAUUUUGAGUCACCAUCAUCCACUGGCAAGGCCGAAGGUGCUAGACCAGCUUAUGGCCGAUCUUCCGUCGGAACGAGUCUCUCCGGCACCUCCAUUUCUUAGAGUAGGCGUGGAUUAUUGCGGACCGUUCCUGAUCAAAUACCCUGUUCGUCGCGUGACUCCCACGAAACAUUACGUCGCCAUUUUCAUCUGCCUCGUUACGAAGGCAGUCCAUCUCGAAUUUGCUAGCGAUCUUACCAGCGAAGCCUUCCUUGCCGUCAUUUCAAGCGUACCAUCGGCGACCGUGUGCUGCAGUACGACGAGAUGA